AUGAAGGCCUGCAGCCCGGUGCGGCCGGUGCGGAAGGGCGGCCUCCCGGACCACAGCCUGGGCAUCGCCCGCAGCAAGACGCCGGGGGACGACCCGCUGCGCCUGCUCUACAGCAUGAACGCCUGCUACUCCAGGCUCAAGGAGCUGGUGCCCAGCAUCCCGCAGGGCCGCCGGGUGAGCAGGAUGGAGAUCCUGCAGCACGUCAUCGACUACAUCCUGGACCUGCAGCUCGCCCUGGACGCGCACCCCGCCAUCGCCAGCCUGCACCGCCCGCGGCCCGGCCCCAGCGCCGCCCGGGCGCCGCUGACCGCGCUCAACACGGACAUCAGCGUCCUGUCCCUGCAGGCCGCCGCGCCCCCCGCCCAGUUCCCGGCCGCCGACGGCGAGGCGCUCUGUGGCUGA